CAUACACUACCAUGGGUUCCGGCAGUUUGGCUGCUAUGGCUGUUUUUGAAGAUCGUUGGCGACCGGAUAUGGAAGAAGAAGAAGCCAAAAAAUUGGUUCGCGAUGCAAUCGCUUCGGGUGUAUUCAAUGAUCUUGGUUCGGGCUCAAACAUCGAUUUGUGCGUUAUCAAAAAAGGCACCGUCGAAUAUUUGCGUGGUUAUGAAUAUGCCAAUGAGAAAGGAGUUCGUGCUUUAAACUAUGACUUCAAGCUGGGUACAACAGCCGUUCUCGACACAAAAAUCCAUCAAUUCGACAUUGAAGAGACCGUUAUUCCAAUCGCAUCCAGCAGCGCCACACCGAUGGACACAGCUUGAUUCAAUAUUUUCAUGGCAUUUUAAAUUUUCUAUACUAAAACAUAAUAAAAAAUAGGGCUAUUAGCCUGCUAAAUGGUAUUAA